AUGUUGAAAGGCCUACAUAAAGGAAAUGAUCGUUCAUGGUCAACAGGUACAGCUUAUUUGUUACCAUUUUACAAAACACACGUUCACUGUCCCUUCAAUAUAUUAGUCGGAAAAAGUCUCUGCUUGUCAAGCGUAACACGUAAUCUGCGUUGGCUCACAAUAAUAAGGAGCACACAAAGAGAAGACGUGAACGAAGGAACAUGCGUUUUUAACGAGGAGAAUUUCUAUCAAAAUGAUGGGAACAACGAUGGAUGUCCUGGUUCUUUAGGAUAUACGCAUUGCCCUUCAUCAAGUAUGACAUUGAAAUAA